CAUUCUAUCCUCCACGCACAAAAAAGCGUUCUAUUCGGAUUUCGAAUACUUUUUACGACCGUUUCGAAACAAUUCGAUUCAAUCCCUUGUUCACAAAAACUUUUCACAGCAUUAUCAAAAAAUAUCACAUCUAAUCAUGACCGCACUCAACGAUAUCGUUCCUGCUGGAGUUGUCACCGGAGACGACAUGACGGCUCUCAUGGAGUACUGCCGGGAAAACGAGUUUGCCCUUCCCGCUGUUAACGUUACAAGGUACGUUUGUUCAAAUUCGACAACUAUACAACCGGAAAGCUGGGCCAUAAUUGUAUGGCAGGUACGAUGCCCCUUUUCCACCGCAAACUUCUAACCAUUUCUUUCUCACUCACUCAUACACACACACAAACAUACACACCAUUCCACUACGGAUUAGUUCUUCCGUUGCAAAUGCCGCUUUGGAGGCCGCACGCAAGGCCAAGAGUCCCGUCAUCAUCCAGUGCUCAAACGGAGGCGGUGGCUUUGCUCUUGGAAAGGGUGUCAAAUGCGCCGAUUCCGCCGCUGCCGGAUCGAUUGCUCUUGCCAUGCACGUCCGUUCGGUCGCAAAAUACUACGGAAUUCCUGUCGUUCUCCACACUGACCACUGUGCCAAGAAGCUUCUCCCGUGGUUCGAAAAGUUGCUCGAAGCCAACGAAGCGUACUUCGCCAAGUACGGUGAGCCUCUUUUCUCGAGCCACAUGCUCGACUUGUCGGAAGAACCAGAUGAGGAAAACAUUGCUCUCUGCGCGAAAUACUUUAAGCGCAUGAUGCCCAUGAAGAUGUGGCUAGAGAUGGAGAUUGGUAUCACUGGAGGAGAAGAAGAUGGUGUCAACAACGAAGACGUCGACCAAGACAAACUUUACACAAGCCCCGAGCAAGUCUUCAAUGUCUACAAGGCCCUUUCUCCGAUCGGAGGUUUGUUCUCCAUCGCAGCUGCGUUCGGAAAUGUUCACGGAGUUUACAAACCCGGAAAUGUUAAGUUGUCUCCGGAACGUCUUGGCAUGGCCCAGACCUUUGCCAAGGAGCAACUUAAGUCUGAUCUCGAUAAGCCCCUCUUCCUUGUGAUGCACGGCGGUUCUGGUUCGUCCAGGGAAGAAAUCAAUGCCGCUGUCAAGAAUGGUGUCAUCAAGAUGAACAUCGAUACCGACACUCAGUGGGCUUACUGGGACGGGGUCCGUCAAUUCGAAGCAGGAAAACACGAUUACCUCCAGCAGCAAAUCGGAAACCCCGAUGGUGACGACGCACCUAACAAGAAAUACUACGACCCCCGUGCCUGGCUCCGUGCCGCCGAAGAGUCCAUGGUUGAACGUCUCGUUGUCAGUAUCGACCAGCUUGGAGGCACUGAUACGUACGAACCUACCGAAAUUGGAGCCGGAUACUGCAUGGUCGGUGACUUCAUGAAGGCCUAAGCGUAGACACCAUGUGUAGCUACACUCUGAGAUCCGAAUCGUCGGAUUAAAGGGGCUAAACAGAG